AUGCGUAUCACCGUGUGGGUACUCAGGCCUCCUGAAGCGCCUGAAGGAGACAUUGAGAAACUCGCUCUUGUUGUUAAUCCGGAUGACACCUUCCAACAGGUCUGGACUCGAUUCCAGCAACGCUACAAAGAGAAUUAUAGCCGUGGACGCAGGAAUGAUUGCUACAUCAAGAAGAUACAGGACAGCACCGGAGCUGAUAUUGACAUGCGCGAUACCGUCCAAGACAUACUCGGAGAGUUCCCACCCACCGAGCGGAUCGUACACGUCCAACAAUUGCUUCAUGGCAGAGACGACACUGUACCAUUCGACUCUUACCUCCACCCUCCGAUAGUGGCUCCCACGGCCCAAGAACAAGAAAACAUCAACCGGCGACGCACCGAACUCGAUCGUUACGGCACUACUCUUGACAACCUCCAUCCAGACCGUCCGGUCGAAUCACACGAGCGUCCAGCCGAGAAGCGCCUCGACAAGGAUGGAUUCGCUAUGCCAGCACUGCCUCCUCGCACCCGCGUCGCACGUAGCGACCAGGCCAUCCCAAGCUCGCAGCUACUUUCACAAGACUCUUACGAAGACCACCUUGUCCAAUCUCCGGAACUCGGGUCGCCCCAGAAAGUCUUUAAAGCUGUCCAGCGUCUGGCGACUCCUUCUAGGGCAGCCAACACGGCCUCCCAAUAUACCACCCUCGAUGCGGUCCCGAGCGCCCAGAAACCGCCCACUGCAUAUGCACGCAACAGAAAGUCCUCCGCUGAAGUACCGGUAGACAGUGAACCCGCACUCGACUCGGCCGACCCCAUCUCAGAGGAUUCCCAGCCGCGCCUCAGCAGCUCCAUCUCGCAGACACCGGCUCGUUCGUCGAAGAGCAACAAGAGAAAGAGCCUGGACAGCAGCGAGACUCGCGACAUCAACGCGCGAAACCUUUCCAAACCUUGGACAGAGGACGAGAAGGAUAUGCUGAUUGAUGGCCUUGCCAAAGGACUCAACCCUGCGGAAAUGAAGCCCAACUUCCCAAACAGAAGUGUCGAUAGUAUCAGGAAGAAGGCAGCUGCCAUGACCAAGGAUAACCCUUUGGUUGUUCAACAACGAAAAGCUAGUCUGGCAGCCACUUGGACCGAAGAUGAAGAUACAUACUUUAUCCGCGCAAUACGCAGCAACCAGGCCUGGAAAACUCUACACGACCAUCGUUUCCGCAACCGAUCCGAUGAUAGCGUCAAACAUCGCUAUGUCGAGAACCGCAAGCGACUGGAAGAAGAAGACAAGACCAAACUUGCACGCAGCAACUACGAAAAACAGCUAAGGAACGGAAAUCCCUCCACUGGACCGAACGAGAAGUUCACACCAGAAGAGGAUGACUUCCUUCUUGCCUGUCGCAUUGAGAACGUCGAGAUGAAACGUGUCGCCCAAGAGUUCUUUCCUCUUCGCCUCCCGGAGCAAGUCACCAGUAGAGCCGGUAACUUGUUCCAGAAUGCAAAACGAGCAGCGGCCAAAGCAACCCCUGUGAACCUUGGAAGAUCUCCUUCUGUUGAGUUCCUGUUUGAGCACGACCCGGAAACUCGUGAGAGAAUUGAACCGCAGCGGGAUAAAGCUAGAGAGUUCAAGAAGAAGUCGGGUAAUGUCAGAGCGAAAGAGGUGGAAGACAUGUCGCAUCGCAAGUCUAUGCUCAACAGCGACAAAGAGCGCACAGAAGAACGGAGAGUAAAGGGAGAGAGACAACGGAGAGUUCUUGAAGCUUCUGAGGAAGCACAAAAACAAGGUGAUCAAAUCAAGCGGCGCCGCCUCAACGACGACAUCAAGCGCAAUGAGGACUACAACCAGCGAUUCUCCGCCUGGAAAAAGCAAGCAGCGAUCGACGAACGAGCCGGUCGUCCAGUGCAGCCAUGUCCCGAACGUCCAAUGGGAAGUAGCAUUGGCACUGAAAUUUUGAUCACAACCCAUACACCUCAUCUAGCUUCUAGCACAAAGAGAACCGAUGUUCUAAGCCCAGAAUCCGGAUCAAGUGCAACGUCGCUUUCGAGUCAAGGCACCAAGAAGCGAAGAUCUUCAAACGUCGAAGUUCAAGUUGUCAUUCCCUCUUACAAGAAACAAAAGACCGCAGCGGCUGCAGAAGCCACUCCUCGAUUCAAGCAGUCCGACUCAAAGGCGUCUAGCGCCUCGAAGGUUCCAGCACUAGCAACGCCAGAUCAAAAAGCUCCUCAAGUAAUGGCACGAUCUGCUAUGGCAAAACUUGGACGUAGCCAAGUCGGCGCGGGCUCCAAUCCUGCUCGUGACAGGCCCAGUGUCACCUUCGCCUCGUUCUCUGCCACGCAGCCCGUUGGGUCCAAUGCGGUCAAGAGUCUUACGCAGGACAACAAACUACGUGAACUGACUUCGCCAGGCGUGUCCACGGCUAAGAGCUUGCGGCAAUCAAAGCUAGCUUUCCUACGUGAUGGCCAAAAACUAUCAACAUCUUCCGCGAAAAAGUCGACACCUGCUUCUGUGGGGAGAUCAUCGACUGUAUCUGCCACUCCGCGUGCGCAUAUCGCCAUCGACGACAGUAUAUUCAUCUCUUCCGAUGAAGAAUCGUCAUAUGAUGACAAGGACAUCACAGACGAAGAGCUGAACGCUGUCGCUGAACGAUCGGAAGCCAUGUACAGUAGUAGUCCCGUGAAGAGCCCGCAGAGGAAGAAUGUAGAGGCCAGCAUGCAGCAUCACCAAAGAAGCUUAGCCUCUCCUACUGCAAGCGAUUUGAGGAGUAGUCCUCCUGUUGCUCCUACGCCGAGAUCAAAGAUUGGAGUUCUUCUCGGAACUGCGGCCCUCCAAUCUGCCAUGAAAUCAGGGUCAUCUUUCUCAUCGGCCGUGCCUUCUGUUCCGAUUACCAAGUUAAGCUCCAGUACACACAGAGAGCCUCGAAAGAAGUUGGAUACACCUGUCGAACACAACGAUCUGACCGCGACUCAAGGCGACGCACUGCCUCAAUUCGAGAUGAGCACAGCAGAAAACGCAGUCAGUGACCAAGAAGAAGAGGAAGAAGAAGAGGACAAUUUCAUGAUGGAAGAGGACCAAAUCCAGCAUGCCACCCAUUCCACUCCAGUGCUCCCUAGUUCAAGCCCAGAAGCUGGAGCUCAGGACAACAUCAGGACGGCAAUACCAGAUCAAAAUGCUGAUGUUGACACAUCACCUACCGGCGACGACUCUGGGCAGCUCGCAACCGAAAGACUUGGACCGAUAAUUCCCGUUGCGAGCAAUCACAAUACGUCGAAUAACGAGAAAGAAAACUCACCACAAAUGAACUCAGAUACAGACGAUGUUAAGAAGAUUGACUGUUAUCGAAGCGAUUCUUCAGAUGUCCAGCCAGAAGGAGACUGGCCUAGCGUGCCUUCCGAUAGAGAGGCGGCAUUACUGAAGCCUCCCACCAAACCUUUUCACCCUCCCAUAUCGACCACCGAGCGUGCACCGAACGCAGACGCCGCUGCCCCCCCUAGGAGUCAGUCUCAAAUAAUACCCGACAAAGCUUCCACGGCGUCGAAGGAAAAUGGUAUCGCAGAACAGGCAAUGAGCAUACUUACUUCUUCGCCUUCGAAAGCCGUGAAGGUGCCGUCAACUGCUUCACACCUACAGGAAACUUCACCUUUGUCACCCUUCAAAUCGAAGGGUCUCUUUGAAGGACCUUCCACAUACCCAGCGGCUCACUCCUCAAAGACCUCUCCAGAGCACGCAUCAGGCAGCAAGAAAGCACGUAGAUCACAAGGCCGCAGAAAGGGAAGCCGCAUCCUAGACGAUGCAGAGUCGUUCAUGCCACCACAAUUGAAUCCACUCCCUGACCUCCUGAAGGGGGGAGGCUUGAGAAAGCAAAUCAAGAAGCCGGUAGAGAACGGUCAUGAGACCAUAACAAAAGAACCGGUUGCAACAAAUCUCUCGGAGCACGAUAGCAUUGCAGAUCCGCCAUCGAUUGCUCGUACUACAGCCAAUAGCAAACGGUCGGUAGGACGAUCAAAAGGGAAGAGGCCAUCUCUGAGCGUCGAAGAAAGCGUCAAGACCAUGUUGGAGAAAGGUCAAGCCCUUGGGAACCACCCUCAGGCCCCGCCAGUCUCUCAGAAACGCAAGAUUGACCAGCCGGCAUCGACUCAACCUGUCAAGAAAGUCGCACCCAAUUUCGUUGUCAAAAACUUCGCUUCCAGUCAGCCUGCCAACGAUCCCAAUGAUGGCAGAGUCAUCAAUCCGCACGCCUUUGAUUGGGAUAACGCGCAGGAUUCAGCGGAGCUCAUACGUCAGGCGGAUCAGAGAAUGCGGGAUGCUGCGAAUAUGGCUCCUGAAGAUUUCUGGAAACAGUCAAACCUCAACAACGUGAACGAAGAGCAAAUCCUGAGCCAUAUGAUAGCACAAGGCGUCAAACGCUCGAUGGAAAGACGCAAGCGCGAGAGAGGUAACGUGGCGGUUGUCGAGGAAGUGGACGACUUUGCCGCUAUCAUGCCUGCAACACAGCCAAUCCAGAGGUCAGUCAGUGCCAUUGGCCAUACACCUAGACCCGCAACCCAGCCUGUAAUGCGAGUCUCCCACCAGGACAGCGACGACGAGUCUUCGUCGAGCGAAGACGAUGACAGCGAGGAAGAGACAACAGAGCAGAGUCUCGAGAAUCUUGCAAAAAAGGCCGAGGCCGACCGCGAAGAGAGGAGAGGAGUUAAUGCUUUGCCAUACUGGUGA